ACGCGCACUUGCUUCGAAAUAAUCAUUCAGUAACCAGUGUUGAAAGAAAAAUGAGCAUUAAGUACUUCAUUGCUGUAGGACUCUUAAUCGGGGUCGUAACUACUUCUAAAGUCACAUGCGAAACCACAUGUGAGCCCUCAACAACCACAUGUGGACUCUUAAUCACCACACCCAAACCUACAUGCACAACGACGACACCGAAACCCACAACCAAACCUCCACCUUGUUGGAAAGCAGGUGUUGACGAACACGUUGGAAAAUGCAAAGCGGCACUAAAAUUCUUCGUUGGGCCGACGUACAAAACAGCAAAAUCUAUUCUCGACGCAUUUUUAUGCUUGAUACCCAAAUUGGAAUCUUCGACGAAAACCCGGUCACUCAUUAUAUCGUCUAAGGCCGUGGAAAUACUGGAAACUAUUAGUAUCAUGACCGAAGUUGGUAAUUCACCAAGUGGUGUUUUGAAUGGGUUUAAGAGUGUGCUUCAUAUCGUAUUGGACAACUAUAGAACUAUUGUCUCAAGUUUAGAUACUGACAUUGGUAUCAGUACAUCAGCCGUAACUGAUGCCAUAACAGAUCUAGAAGCUUCACUUUAUCAAAUCAUUGCUGAUUACGAAAAUGCAUCUCUUCUUCAAAUUGGUGGCGAUGAGAACAUCGAUUACAAACAGGUUCUGUGCAGCGUUCAAAAAUUAACGAACGCCGUUGCUUACACAGCUGAAGCAGCGCUUAAAAAUUGCGAAAAUGAUGCUAAUGUCGGUGAUUCCAUCUACAUUUUGAUGUUGAUUUUCGAACAUCUUGUAAUCAUUGCUCACGCAACCAAUGUUUCCAUCGCGGCCGAAUUGAAUGUACGUUGCGGAGAUAUCUCAAAUUCUGGAAGACAGGGUUUGAAGGUGAUCGAUAAUCUAUUGAACGGCAUCACCAAAACCUUGAAUGCAGUGGUGAACACUGUAUUCGAAGCUAUAGUUUCGGUAGUCGAGGCCAUUGUUGAUCUUGCUCAAACACUCAAUGCUGUAUUGAAGUCCGUCUUCGGUUUAGUGGAAAAUGUGACGAAAAAUCUCACAAAAACGGUUACUAGUUCCUUGACAGGUGUUACAAGCAUUUUAAAAAUAGGAAAAUAGUUUUUGUUUUUUUUUUUCAAAACUGGCGUUUGCUGAUAAAAUAUCUAUUUUAAAAUAAA